CUUGGGUCCGAAAGCGCGAGGGGGGGGCGCCUCAGAGAGAAGAGGCGGCGGAAGCGCCGAGCCUGUUCCUCGGAAGUUGUUGCUGCUCCCCUGUCUCCGCAUGGCGGCGGCUGGGCGCCUCCUUCCGCGAUCUUUGGGGCUGCCCGUGCUGCGGUUGAGGGGCUGCGGUGAGCAAAAGGCUCGGGGAGCAUAAGCCAGGCCAAGCCAAGCCAGGCAACAUCUUCCCGCUCCCUCCCCGCUUUCCUUCUCCGUCUCCCGCAGGAUCGGUGACCGCGGAGCUGAUGGGGAAAUACUUCCUGACCCUAAGCGUCCUCAAGGGGCCCUGGGACCAUGUAUUCGCCGCCUUCUGGCAGCGCUAUCCGAACCCCUACAGCAAACAUGUCCUGACAGAAGACAUUUUACACCGAGAGGUGACAGAAGACCAGAAGCUGCUUUCCAGGCGACUUCUAACCAAGACCAACAGGAUGCCCCGCUGGGCAGAGCGCUUCUUUCCGUCUAAUGUCACCCACUCUGUCUACAUCCUCGAAGAUUCUAUUGUGGACCCACAGAACCGAACCAUGACUACAUUCACCUGGAACGUUAAUCACGCACGUCUUAUGGUGGUGGAGGAGCGGUGUGUUUACAGAGAGAACCCAGAAAACAGUAGCUGGACAGAAGUCAAGCGGGAAGCUUGGGUUUCCUCUAGUCUGUUUGGUGUUUCGCGUGCUGUCCAGGAGUUUGGCUUGGCCAGGUUCAAGAGUAAUGUGACCAAAAGCACGAAAGGUUUUGAGUAUGUGCUGGCCCAAAUGCAAGGUGAAGCACCAUCUAAAACUUUGGUGGAAACUGCAAAGGAGGCAACCGAGAAAGCCAAGGAGACUGCCCUGGCUGCUACUGAGAAAGCAAAGGACUUGGCUAGCAAGGCAGCUACUAAAAAGAAGCAGCAGUAUGUUUGAAGAAACAGUUUUCCUGUUGUGGGGACUGAAGUACCACUGGCAUAGUGCAGCAUAAUAGUACUGGAAGGCUUAUCUGUCUGUAACUAAGCAUCUCUUCCCUUGGGAAGCAUGUCUCUGGAUUUUGUGUUUGUUUUUUUAAAUUGAAACCAUACAAAUCUGACAAUCAUCUUCUUUCUAAACGGUGUAAUUAUCAUUAAACUAAUAGACUUCAAUUUAAUCCAGUGCCAGGGCCCGUUCCUCAGGUGGGCACCGGUCUUCAGAACUGUGACUGAACCAUUAUAAGUCUUCCUGUUUACAUUUACCUUCUAUGCAACUUGGAGGUCUCUGUCUCUAUAUUAAAAAACAGUUGAGGGGGA